CCAAGAAAACAUUGUAAAGAAGAAUCAGCACAAAGUUAUCCAGUGUCUGAAAGCCCUGAUGAACACACAGUAUGGUUUAGAAAGAAUUAUGAGUGAAGAGAGGAGCCUUUCCUUGUUGGCAAAAGCCAUGGAUCCCAAGCAGCCCACUAUGAUGGCAGAUGUGGUGAAGCUUCUGUCUGCAGUGUGCAUUGUUGGGGAGGAAAGCAUCCUUGAAGAAGUGUUAGAAGCCAUGACUUCGGCUGGAGAAGAAAGAAAAAUUGACAGAUUUUUUGCCAUUGUGGAAGGCCUUCGGCACAAUUCAGUGCAACUGCAAGUAGCUUGUAUGCAGCUCAUAAAUGCCCUUGUUACAUCUCCCGAUGAUUUGGACUUCAGGCUUCACAUCAGAAAUGAAUUUAUGCGUUGUGGAUUGAAAGAGAUAUUGCCAAACUUAAAGUGUAUUAAGAAUGAUGGCUUGGAUAUACAACUUAAAGUCUUUGAUGAGCAUAAAGAGGAAGAUUAUAUUGAGUUCUCCCAUCGCCUUGAAGAUAUUAGAGCAGAAUUUGAUGAAGCAUCUGAUGUUUACAACAUGGUGUGGGACACAGUUAAAGAAACUAGAGCAGAGGGAUAUUUUAUUUCUAUUCUUCAGCAUCUCCUGCUUGUUCGAAAUGAUUGUUUUAUAAGACAACAGUACUUCAAACUAAUUGAUGAGUGUGUGUCACAGAUUGUGUUGCAUAGAGAUGGAAUAGACCCAGACUUCACAUACAGAAAAAGACUAGAUUUGGACCUAAGUCAGUUUGUAGAUGUUUGCAUAGAUCAGGCAAAACUACAAGAGUGGGAAGAGAAAGCGUCAGAACAUGGCAAGAAAUAUGAAAAAGAAUUUACUGACCACCAAGAAACCCAGGCUCAGUUGCAAAAAAAGGAGGCAAAGAUUAAUGAGCUUCAAGCAGAGUUACAAGCUUUUAAAUCCCAGGCUCAGGUAUAUUAAGGUGAAACUGGCUCCUCAGCCCUUCCUUCAGCUCCACCAGCACUCUCUGAAGGAGUUCUGCCUCCCCCACCGCCACCCCCUCCCCCUCCUCCCCCACUUCCAGGAGUGGCAAUGCCAUUUGGUGGUCCAAUACCACCACCACCACCUCCCCUGGGAUUUCUCGGUGGGCAAAGCUCUCUUCCAUUAAACUUACCAUUUGGGUUGAAACCAAAGAAGGAAUUUAAACCUGAAAUCAGCAUGAGAAGAUUGAACUGGUUAAAGAUUGGACCAAGUGAAAUGUCUGAAAACUGCUUCUGGAUAAAAGUCAAUGAAAAUAAGUAUGAAAGUAUGGAUUUGCUUUGUAAACUUGAGAAUACAUUUUGUUACCAACAGAAAGAGAAAAGGAAUAUAAAUGAUUUUGAAGAGAAGAAAGUUAUUAAGAAAAGAAUUAAGGCACUUAAAUUUCUAGAUCCGAAAGUUGCUCAGAACCUUUCGAUCUUCUUGAGCUCCUUUCGGGUGCCAUAUGAGAAAAUCAAGAUGAUAAUAUUGGAAGUGGAUGAAACACAGUUGUCAGAGUCUAUGAUUCAGAACUUAAUAAAGCACCUUCCUGAUGCAGAGCAAUUGAGUUCAUUGUCUGAGUUUGGGAGUGACUACAACAACUUAUGUGAACCGGAGCAGUUUGCUGUUGUGAUGAGCAAUGUGAAGAGACUCCGGCCACGGCUCACUGCUAUUCUCUUUAAGCUUCAAUUUGAAGAGCAGGUGAACAACAUCAAACCUGACAUCAUGGCUGUCAGUACUGCCUGCGAAGAGAUCAAGAAGAGCAAAAGCUUUAGCAAGUUGCUGGAACUUGUGUUGCUAAUGGGAAACUACAUGAAUGCUGGCUCCCGGAAUGCUCAAACCUUCGGAUUUGACCUUAGCUCUCUCUGUAAACUAAAGGACACAAAAUCAGCAGAUCAGAAAACAACACUCCUCCAUUUCCUGGUGGAUGUAUGUGAAGAAAAGCACCCGGACGUUCUUCACUUUGUGGACGAUUUUGCACAUUUAGACAAAGCUAGUAGAGUCUCGGUAGAAAUGCUGGAAAGAAAUUUGAAGCAGAUGGGAAGGCAGCUUCAACAGCUUGAGAAGGAUUUGGAAACCUUUCCCCCUCCUGAGGACUUGCAUGACAAGUUUGUGAUAAAGAUGUCCAGCUUUGUUGUCAGUGCAAAAGAGCAGUAUGAAAAACUCUCCAAGCUCCUCGACAACAUGACACAAUUGUACCAGAGUGCAAUGCGCUACUAUGCUGUUGACAUGAAGAAGGUUUCUGUGGAAGAGUUUUUUAAUGACUUGAACAACUUCAGAACUACAUUCAUGCAAGCAUUAAAUGAAAACAUCAAAAAACGGGAAGCAGAAGAAAAAAACAAACGUGCCAGAAUAGCAAAAGAGAAAGCAGAGAAAGAACGACUUGAACGUCAGCAAGAGAAAAAGCGCUUACUAGAAAUGAAAACUGAGGGUGACGAGACAGGAGUGAUGGAUAGUCUGCUGGAGGCCUUGCAGUCAGGGGCUGCCUUCCGCGACAGAAGAAAAAGGACACCGAAGCUGAAAGAUAUUCGGCAGAGUCUUAGUCCAGUGUCUCAGAGGCCUGUUCUUAAAGUUUGUAAUCAUGAAAAUCAGAAAGUGCAGUUGACAGAAGGGUCACGUCCACACCACAGUAUCAACUGCAACUCCACCAGGACUCCAGUCGCCAAGGAGCUUAAUUAUAAUCUAGACACUCAGACGUCUACAGGGAGGAUCAAGGCAGCUGAGAAGGAAGCCUGCAAUGCAGAAAGCAACAGAAAAAAGGAAAUGGAACUUCUUGGCUCCGUUUCUAAAAGCGAAUCAGUUCCUGAAGUUGAAGCCCUGCUGGCAAGAUUACGAGCUUUAUAAAUUAAACUGGUUAAAAAAAAAAAAUGAUUAAGCCAAACACAAAGCCAUGCUUUCAGUUAUUACACUUGAAAAGUUGCUUUUAUGUAAGUGACUUUAUAUAGUUUAAAAUUAUGACAUAUAUUAGAAAAAAUAAGGCUAAAUACAUGCUUGCAUUGCUUUUCCUAUGUACUUGAAGUUGUACUCAAGAUUGUA